AUGGAACAUGCAUUGAAAGUCGCUGUUUCAACAGUGAAUUUUGUCAAAGCCAAUGCUUUGCAUGACCGCCUAUUUCAACAUUUAUGUGAACAUGAGGACCACCAGAGACUCCUCAUGCACACUGAAGUGAGAUGGCUUUCCAAAGGAAAUUCCCUAGUUCGUCUUGCUGAAAUGUGGGAUAUGGUUCUUAUUUUUGUUCAUGACAUGAAAACACAAGCUUGUAGCAAGAAGCAGAAAGAUAAAGCUGAGACUUUGUUUUCAGUGAUAAAUAACAACGAUACAAAAGCAAGGAUUUUUUACCUGGCUGACUUAUUCGCACAUGUCAACCAACUGAACAUGACACUGCAAGGGCGAAAUGCUAAUCUGAUAGAUAGUGCUGAGAAAGUACGCUCUUUUUUGAACAAGUUAUGUCUCUGGAAGAUGCAUCUUCAAAAAAAUGAAUUUGCUUAUUUUUGUAAUUUUGCCAAAACUGCUCCGAGCUCAGAAGUAAUCGCAAGCUGCACUGACCACUUGAAAUGCUUGAAAGAAGAUAUGACUAGAAGAUUUAAAGAUAUCAUCGAAAUGAAUCCGCCUAGUUGGAUUAUAGAUAUAGCACAUUUUGACGUAUUAAGUGAAAAAGACAUUGAUCCUAUUAUUGCUGGAGAACUUCUUGAACUGAAGGAGAACAAGUAUUAA